AUGUUCACCCGCAGCGCCAGCCGCGCCAACAGCACCACCGACCCCCGCCCUGAGCCCGAACCCGAGCCUGAGGUGGCCUCCUUCCCUAGGAGUUCUGCUCUGCCGCCAUGGGAGGCGAACCCAGAUCUCUUCGCGUUCACUCCACGGCCCAAGGAGCGAACCAAGAAGGCGCGAGGGGAAAUGCCAGCCCCUCCGCCACCGCCACCGGAGCCACUGCACACCACGGUGGGCACGGCGCUGAAGCGGAAGCAGUCCCGGUCGAAGAACAUGAAGGAGGCGGGGCGGAAACGGUCCCGCCGGGCGCGCCCAAGUGAGUCGGGGGACCCGCGUGCGGCGCUGACCACCGCCGAGCCGCAGAAUGAUGCAGUCGAGGCAGGCGCUUCGGAUCCCGCCACUGGAGACAAUGCGAACGUCGAAGAGGGACUCGGCGGUAACGGGAAGACUGGUAUACCGACCUCACCGGAUACAGAUGAACUUGCUGCUACCCCGGUGGCGGUCGCGCCCGUCCCGAACUCGAACACGACCAACAUAGACGGGAUUGCGGAUGUCUCUAGGGCGGGCACGCGUGCGCGGAGGUCCCAUGUCUCAGCUGCGCCAGCGAAGACGAUUUCGAAGACGAGAGCGGGUGCGGGCGCGAACUCCAUCGCUGCGUCCACUGCGAAGCCCAAGGGUCCAAAGCCGCGGCCGAAGACGAAGUUCCCUCCUCGUCCCCCGAAUGCGAUCUCUGUUACAGACCGUCCGGCCGCAGGUCCGAACGCUCCCGACGGUCGUACAGCUGGCACAGAUGAGCCUGUCGCGGAGAGCAACCGGCCAGCCGAGAGCGCGUCGGCCUCGGAGGACGUGGCCAAUGCGGGUUCGGAGAUGCAGGCCCCCGCCACAGAUUUUCUGCAACACCAUGCGAGUGCCGCGGCGAACGAGAAUGAGGAGAGCGGUGCCGUUCACGAUCCUAUCCUUGCGACGUCGACGAAGGCCAGACUGCUGACAUCACCCAAGCAAACUCAAGAGGAAGUUCUUUUGGACAUCCAACCCUAUGAUGAGUUGUCUUUCCUUCUCGAACAGGCUCUUGACGAAGAGGUUCAAGCUCAAGCUCAAAAACUCGGGGAGGACGAAGCCGUCGUGCAACCUCCGGAAGAGACCCCGCUUCCAGAACUACGCGACGACGUCCCCCAGGAACUAGAAACCUGCCAUUCUGAGCAAGACCCCCUCCCGCCCGACCCUUUCGAGCUCGAGACCACCCCUCUUCCGCACUACCUCCUGGAUCCAGCCGCCUCUGGACUCAGCCAGCAUGACACGAGCGCCCCUCUCGUGUCCCCUUCCAUCGAGGCUACAGCGCCAACGCUAUCCUCAAGCGAGGUUGAGGCGUCCUUCACCUCAAAGCCUCCACCAGAUAGCCUCCCUGAGAUGAUUCCGUUCGCGGACGCCCCUCAGACAGACGCCCCACAAACCGCCCCACAGGAAGCCAACACCAAAGGCAAAGCGCGCAAAGUUGGCGGGACGACGACGACCGCAAUCGCCGGUCGUUCACAUCCCCAAACCCGCCGGCCCGUCCUCGGAGUCGAUUACCCACUUGCUCUGGGUUCAUUAAAGGUUUACGCGAACGCCUUCGCGUUCAUCAACAUCCUGACGGUCUACCACGGGGAACAAGUGGCCGGGGAGAUCGUAGCCGCUCUGGAGGCUUACGAGACUCGCAGAGUUGAGAAGGCGCAGAUGCUGCGCCGGGUUGCGAGGCUCUUGAACGGCGAGCCACAGACGUUGGCCCUUUUCAACACGUUCCUCAGCAAGGAGGAGCAGGCCGACUUGCAUGACUUUCCCUACACAUCGUUCUGCUUGGAAAGUCAGCCCGGGACCGCCUCGACGCUGUACUCGCACGUAAGAUAA